GAUACACAUGAACAUACAGGAGAACACAGCUCUGCUUUUCCAACAGAGUCGCAACUUCAUGCGCUGGAGUCUCUAUGUGUUUGUAAUUGGGAAUUGCGGAUCAAUGGCACAGCGACAGGACAGACAUUCGGGAUGAUGUGAAAGAGGGAAUUUAAUGGUCUUUUCUGCCUCCUGAACGCGUGGAUUCACUUCAGACUGAACUUGGAACAUUAAAUGCGCAACUUGUUUUUGAUUGCUGGGGAUUUUCAUGAUGGCUUUCCUGUGGCUCUUUCUGUUGAUCAGAGGAAAUGUGUGAGCACUUGCGCACAUACAGCUGAACAGAAGCGAAGUUUUACAUCUGUGAAGUAACCACUUGGACAGGAGGCUCAGGAUGAGAAGAUGGCAGCCAUACUGUUUCCACCGGGUCCUGACAGUCUACACCGGUUCACUCGUGAGUCCCUGGCUGGAAUCGAGCGGCGGAUCGCCGAGGAGGAGGCCCGCAAUGCCAAGGAGUACCAGGAGGACCUGGGCGACGUGGAGACGCCCAAGUCCCGGGCCGACCUGGAGGCCGGAAAGCAGCUCCCGCGUAUCUUUGGAGACAUUCCGCCUGGACUGGUGGGCGUCCCUCUGGAGGACAUCGAUCCGUUUUACUUCCAGAACAAGAGAACUUUUAUAGUACUGAACAAAGGGAAGGCCAUCUUCCGGUUUAGUGCCACGUCUGCACUCUAUAUUUUUAGCCCUUUUCAUCCCGUUAGAAGAGCAUCAAUAAAGAUUUUAGUACACUCUUUAUUCAGUCUUUUCAUUAUGUGCACUAUUUUGACCAACUGCUGCUUCAUGGCCAUGUCUGAACCAGCGCAGUGGGCCAAAUACGUUGAGUACACGUUCACUGGCAUUUACACGUUUGAGUCGUUGAUAAAGAUCCUGGCGCGGGGUUUCUGCAUCGGCCCCUUCACCUUCCUGAGGGACCCGUGGAACUGGCUGGACUUCAGCGUGAUUGUUAUGGCAUAUGUUACUGAGUUUGUGGACCUGGGCAAUGUCUCAGCGUUACGGACAUUCAGGGUUCUACGAGCACUGAAAACUAUCUCAGUCAUCCCAGGCCUGAAAACCAUCGUCGGCGCCUUGAUCCAAUCGGUGAAGAAGCUGGCGGACGUGAUGAUCCUGACGGUUUUCUGUCUCAGCGUGUUCGCCCUCAUCGGCCUGCAGCUCUUCAUGGGGAACCUGCGGCAGAAAUGCGUCCGCAGCACCGCGCACUGUCUCAACACCACCUUACCUUCAUACAACAACAGCACUUUCUUCUGCAAUAACAGAACCUGGUCCUCGCUGGAGAAUUUCAUCACUAAUGAAGAUAAUUACUUCAAAGUGGAAGGAGCCAAGGACGCCUUAAUAUGUGGGAACGCAAGUGACGCUGGCAAAUGUCCAGAUGGUUUUGAAUGUAUGAAGACCGGACGAAACCCAAACUACGGCUACACCAGCUUCGACACCUUCGGAUGGGCUUUUCUCUCGCUUUUCAGACUCAUGACGCAAGAUUACUGGGAAAACCUCUAUCAUCACACGCUGCGCUCGGCGGGUAAAGCGUACAUGGUGUUUUUCGUGGUGGUGAUCUUCCUGGGCUCCUUUUACCUGGUGAACCUGAUCCUGGCUGUGGUGGCAAUGGCGUACGAGGAGCAGAACCAGGCCACCAUCGCCGAAGCGCUGCAGAAAGAACAGGAGUUUCAGCUCGCCAUGGAACAGCUCAAGAAGGAACAGCAGGCGGCUCAGAAAGCACAAGAAACCGAGUCCAUCUUGACGGCCGACGUGUCGCCGUUCUCCUCACAAGACAAAGGCAAUCUGGACCGGAGGAAAAGCUCGAGGCCGCUGUCAGAAGGAACGGAGGACGGCAGCAACGACAAAUCAGCCAAGAUAGACACUAUAGAGGGGAUGAAGCAAACGCACUCUUUGCUGGUCCGCACUCUCUCCUUACGGGCCAGACGGGAGAGUCAGGUCAGCAUCUUCAACUUCCGGCCACCGAACAAAGACUCGGAGGUGGAUUUCGCCGACGACGAGUUUAGCAAUCACGGCGAUUCGGACAGUCGCGGCGGCUCGCUGGCUCUGCCCUGGAGCAGGAGACGCACCAGCGCUCAAAGCACCUGCAGUCACAGCUCGCAGUUCUUCUUCCCGAGUCUCAACAUCAACGGGAAACUCUUCGUGGCCAUUGACCAGAACGGCAUCUCGGGCCAGGGGCCGCUGUCUCCUCUGCCGCUGCCCACCUGCACCAUGGAGAAGGUCAAAGAGGAAAGCGGACACAACUCCACCAAUGAGCUGAGCAGUAUGCUGCUGCCCCAGCUGCCCCAGGAGGGCCGAGACCGGGCCCUGAGCGCCACCAGCUACAUCACUGACGCCAUGGAAGAGCUGGAGGAGGCGCAGCAGAAGUGUCACCCGUGCUGGUACGCAUUUGCACACAAGUACCUGGUGUGGAUGUGUUGCCCCGGCUGGCUGAAGUUGAAGGAAUGGGUGAAGUUCAUGGUGAAUGAUCCGUUCCUGGAUCUGGCCAUCACUAUCUGCAUCGUUCUCAACACGCUCUUCAUGGCUCUGGAGCACUAUCCCAUGACAGACGAGUUCAACCGUAUGCUGUCUGUGGGAAACCUGGUGUUCACAGGCAUCUUCACAGCUGAGAUGGUUCUGAAGAUCAUCGCUCUGGAUCCGUAUUAUUACUUUCAGCAGGGCUGGAACAUCUUUGACAGUCUGAUCGUCAGUCUGAGUCUCAUGGAGCUGGGUUUGUCCAACGUGGAGGGUCUGUCCGUCCUGCGCUCCUUCAGACUGCUGAGAGUCUUCAAGCUGGCAAAGUCGUGGCCGACUCUGAACACGCUCAUAAAGAUCAUCGGGAACUCUGUGGGCGCUCUGGGGAACCUGACGCUGGUUCUGGCCAUCAUCGUCUUCAUCUUCGCCGUGGUCGGCAUGCAGCUGUUCGGGAAGAACUACGAGUCCUGCGUCUGCAAGAUCUCCAAGGACUGCACGCUGCCCCGCUGGCACAUGAAGGACUUCUUCCACUCGUUCCUCAUCGUUUUCCGGGUCUUGUGCGGAGAGUGGAUCGAGACCAUGUGGGACUGUAUGGAAGUGGCCGGACAGCCGCUCUGCAUCCUGGUCUUCAUGCUGGUCAUGGUCAUCGGGAACCUCGUGGUCUUGAACCUGUUCUUGGCGUUGCUCCUCAGCUCCUUCAGCGCCGACAACCUCUCGGCUCCGGACGAGGACGGCGAAAUGAACAACCUGCAGAUCGCCAUCGCUCGCAUCCAGCGCGGCAUGCUGUGGCUCCGGCAGGCGCUCUGCGACUUCUUCAACGGGAACUUCAAACGGCGCCGGCAGAAGGCCAAGGAGGCCAAAGCCAUGCUGAAGCUGAAGAGACUGAGCCAGCAGGCGCACUGGGCCGAGGGAAACGGGACGGCCGGCGUCAUCGAGCGCAGCGGGGAGGACGACAGCUACAUGACCAACCCCAACCUCACCAUCAGCGUCCCCAUCGCGCCCGGAGAGUCCGACGUGGAGUUUCCCGAGGAAGAGGAGGAGGACGAGGACGAUGCCAGCGAGAGCUCCGAGGAGGAAGAGGAGCAAGAGGAAACCAAACCGAGAGACGACACCAGCCUAUCAGAGGGCAGCACAAUUGAUCUCAGGAAACCUGGCGAGGAAGAGGACGAAUACUCUGAGAUGGCCGAAGAGGCCAUGGAUCCGGAAAACUGCUUUCCUGACGUUUGUGUACGUCGCUUUCAGUGCUGUGAAAUCAACACGUCCGAGGGUCUGGGUCGAGCUUGGUGGCGUCUGAGGAAGACGUGUUAUCAGAUAGUGGAGCACAGCUGGUUUGAGACCUUCAUCAUCUUCAUGAUCCUCCUCAGCAGUGGAGCGCUGGCAUUUGAAGACAUUUACAUUGAACAAAGGAAAGUGGUCAAAGUGGUGCUUGAAUAUGCAGACAAGAUCUUCACCUACAUCUUCAUCUUGGAAAUGACUCUGAAGUGGAUCGCCUACGGUUUCAGGAAAUACUUCACCAACUACUGGUGCUGGCUGGACUUUCUCAUUGUGGACGUGUCUCUCGUAAGCCUGGUAGCAAACACGCUGGGCUACUCGGACUUUGCUGCCAUCAAAUCUCUCAGAACGCUCAGAGCCCUCAGACCGCUGAGAGCGCUGUCCCGGUUUGAAGGCAUGAGGGUGGUGGUGAACGCGCUGAUCGGCGCCAUCCCGUCCAUCAUGAACGUGCUGCUGGUGUGUCUGAUCUUCUGGCUGAUCUUCAGCAUCAUGGGCGUCAACCUGUUCGCCGGCAAGUUCGGCCGCUGCGUCAACCGCACCGGCUUCAUCUACAACGCGUCCUACAUCAACAACAUGACCGAGUGCAUGGAGAUGAACAGCACGCAGUACUACUGGACCAAAGUCAAGGUCAACUUCGACAACGUGGGCGCCGGGUACCUCGCGCUGCUGCAAGUGGCCACGUUCAAGGGUUGGAUGGAGAUCAUGUACGCCGCGGUCGACUCACGAUCCGUGGAAGAGCAGCCCAUUAAAGAGAACAGCCUGUACAUGUACCUGUACUUCGUCAUCUUCAUCAUCUUCGGCUCCUUCUUCACGCUCAACCUCUUCAUCGGUGUCAUCAUUGACAAUUUCAACCAACAGAAACGAAAGUUAGGAGGACAGGACAUCUUUAUGACAGAAGAACAGAAGAAAUAUUACAACGCCAUGAAGAAACUAGGAUCCAAAAAACCUCAGAAACCCAUUCCAAGACCUCCUAACCCGAUCCAAGGAUUCUUCUUCGAUUUGGUGUCUAAACAAGCGUUCGACAUCAUGAUAAUGCUGCUGAUCAUCCUCAACAUGGUGACGAUGAUGGUGGAGACGGACGAACAGUCUCCCAGCAUCGAGUACAUCCUCUACUACAUCAACCUGGCCUUCAUCGUCAUCUUCACCACCGAGUGCAUCAUCAAACUCAUCGCCCUGCGCUGCUACUUCUUCACCAUCAGCUGGAACAUCUUUGACUUUGUGGUUGUCAUCCUCUCCAUUGUGGGCAUCGUUCUUGCCGACAUCAUUGAGAAGUACUUCGUCUCGCCAACGCUCUUCCGUGUCAUCCGGCUGGCUCGAAUCGGACGGAUCCUCCGGCUCAUCCGCGGCGCAAAGGGAAUCCGGACGUUGCUGUUCGCGUUAAUGAUGUCGCUCCCGGCGCUCUUCAACAUCGGCCUGCUGCUGUUCCUCGUCAUGUUCAUCUACGCCAUCUUCGGCAUGGCCAACUUCGCCUACGUCAAGAAGCAAGGCGGCAUCGACGACAUGUUCAACUUCGAGACGUUUGGCAACAGCAUGAUCUGCCUCUUCCAGAUCACAACGUCGGCCGGAUGGGACAACUUGCUCAGUCCGAUCCUCAACAACUCGCCGGAGGAAUGCGACCCGGACGUCCCGCACACCGGAACGAACGUUCGAGGAAACUGCGGGAAUCCUUCGGUGGGAAUCACGUUUUUCGUGACGUACAUUAUUAUAUCGUUUCUCAUCGUGGUGAACAUGUACAUCGCGAUUAUACUGGAAAACUUCAGCGUGGCUACUGAGGAGAGCACGGAGCCGCUCAGCGAGGACGACUUUGAGAUGUUUUACGAAGUCUGGGAGAAGUUCGAUCCGGAGGCGACGCAGUUUAUCGAGUAUUCGAAACUCUCGGAUUUUGCCGACUCGCUCUCGGAGCCGCUGCGCAUCGGAAAGCCCAAUAAAAUCAAACUGAUUUCCAUGGACCUGCCAAUGGUGAGUGGUGACAAGAUCCACUGUUUGGACAUCCUCUUCGCGUUCACCAAACGCGUCCUCGGAGAGUCGGACGAAAUGGACGCGCUGAAGCAGCAAAUGGAGGAGAAGUUCAUGAUGGCGAACCCGUCCAAGAUCUCCUAUGAGCCGAUCACGACGACGCUACGUCGGAAGCAAGAGGACGUUUCCGCCAUUGUGAUCCAACGCGCGUAUAGGAGGCAUCUAUUGCGACGGCAGCUGAAACAAGCAUCGCUACUUUACCGUCAAAUUAACAUGCCGGACGCCGCCAAAGAAGGCGACAGCUCGCCGGAGAACGAAGGACUUAUCGUUUCAAUGAUCAUGGAGAACUACGGCACCGAAGUUGAGGUUACAGAAACUUUAUCGGCUACUUCGUCUCCGCCGUCGUACGACAGCGUCACAAGAGCGACUAGUGAGCUUUUCCACGCUCUAAUCCCAGACGCCGCGAACACGGACCUCAGCGAACCUUUCACAGAUCGAGAUCGCGAGACGUUUCUGUGACGAUGAUGGACGGACGGACGUCUUUUCCUUUUGUUUACCGAAUGUAACAUAGACGCAAAAUCCUCGGAGGUUUUUGUAGACUGUUUUAAUUUCUCUUGUGGUUCACGUUUGUUUGAAUAUACAAGGGGAAAGUGUCGCAGACAUGCUCUUCGAACAUGCACACGUCAACCUUCACAGUUUGAAUGCAUGAACGAGAUCCGUAGUCGCAAUUAUAUCGUAUAUUAGACUGAGCGCAACACAUUUUAAUCCAAGAGUCUGCCUGACCGUAAGUUCAUUAAAGGUCUUACUUCAAACGGCGUGAUUCCUUUUAAGAUUUGAGACGACGUAGAAGAAUCUUAGCGGUGCAUCCGUGUUAUAAACGUUCAUACUUCACGCCAUUUUGGAAAGCAUGACGAUUACCUCUUUCGCUAGCGAUGAAAAGGCAGUGAGUAUUUGCACUUUCUGUUUGCUCACAAUGUUUUGUUUUGCCAUUUCGCUCAGUGUCGUUCCAAGGUGCGCAUUUCGAGACUAGUAAAAGACAAUCAGACAUGCACCAGAAAUGGUCACAUUUGCUUAAAACCUGUCUUUCUAGCGAACUAUUGCACAUGCUUCCUUUCGACCGCGCGACACACAUUUGUUUCUAUUGUGGAGUAUUUAUUUUGCAUGUGGAAACUGCAUGGUAUGGAGGGGUAACGAGAACACUUUCUUUUUAAGGUUUUGCACACUAUACGUUCAGCAAUAAUUUGCUACAUUUAGGAAUAACACUAAUGAUAUUUAUUGGACGUGUCAAAGUUUCUACUGUAACGGCCUCCAGCUGUAACUGUGGCUUAUAUUACUAGUGACGAUGAUGAUAGCACAUGUGUUUUUCUAUCUCAAACUGACAUUAGGAGCUCAGUCCGCUCGAACGCGCCACCGCCGCCGUUCGGGUCGGGUUGGCAGGAUUGGUGAAGGGCUGUUUUAUGUAGCAAUAGAUCCCAAGUGUGCCUGCUAGAACUAAAUCCUGUGUUUAUAAGUCAUCUUCAUGCAUUUCUUUUGAGUUUCGUAAAUCAUCCGCAGACCGUAAAUAGCAUCGAACGCAAACCGUUCCAUUGGCAUGUUACUGGAAAGGACGUAGUCGCUUGUUGUGGUCUUUUUAAAGAAAUCCCAGUAAGAUGUACUACUUAGACAAAAGGAUGACAUCUAAACACAACAUUCUGAAAUGGCUGUAUAUUAGUGGUACAAACAACAAGGGAAUCGUCUAAUGUUGGACUAGUUCAUCUGAAUCAGUUGUGAUGCAAACAAACCUCUUUUCAAAACUCAAAAAUUCAUUCGCUAAUGGCGGUUUCCAUGCAGGGAUCAAAUGCGAUGCAAGCAAAGCUUCAAAUUAAAUAUUUCAUUUCAAAAGCAAAGUCUGAAGUGAUUUCAGGCUGCUUUAAUACCACAAUCUCAUUUUAAAACCCAAAAAUUCAUUACCUUCUCAUGUCCGAAGUGCAGGGUUCGUACAAGGUGCUUAAGGUGCUUGAAGUACUCGACUUUUUAAAAUUUAAGGCCUGGAAAACUCUUGAAAAUAGCAAUAUUCCUAAAGAGGUACUUGAAUUAUUGAAAGACAAUGUAUCUAAGAAAUAAGUGUUUAAUUUUGUCAAUAAGCACAUCUUUUUGCAUCAUACCUUUUUCCCUUAUUUCAGUUAAUGUCAGAAAGCAAUCAAGAUAAGCUAGUAGUCGUACUGACAGUGUCGUGUAAACAUGGCUGAAGACGCGAAAAGAAAAACAGACAAAUCGAAUCAAUUGAGUCAUUUACGCUGGAACUGCUCAGAUUGACUCAAACUCGUGACUCAAUCAUUAAUUUCAAUUGAUUCACUAACAAAUUCAUUAUUUGACAUUGCCUGUAACGAUUUUAAAAAGCACAUCGUGAUUGGUGAAACGGAGCUUUUCGAAACUCUGAAUCAGUUAAAGCAUUGCGUUGCAAAAUGAUUCAUUUUUUCCAAAGCGCUCCAGUCGAAUCGGGUAUUGCGAAUCGUUUGAUUCAGAUUGGGACUUCAAAUUGCUUAUCGCAUAUCAUUUGAUUUGGAACGGAACGGGUUUGUGAAUCAUUUUGCGAAUUGGAUGAUUCAAAUCAAAUGAUUCUCGAUUUGCGAUUUGAAGUCCCGAUCUAAAUGAAAUGAUUCAUGAUAUAUGAAGUUCCGAUCUAAGUCAAAUGAUUCACGAGCAGUGCUCCGGGUCUAGAUCCAGAGUGUGGAUCAUUUGAUUUAGGUUGGAAUUUUGGAGCAAAGCAAAUCAUUUGUUUCAGAACGGAGUGAUUUCGCAAAUCUUUUUUCAGAUUUUUUUUAAAUGGUAGAAAAUAUCAAACCAUUAGGACAGUACAUUUAUAAAAAAAAAAAAAACAACAAAAAAAAGUAUACACACAUGCAAAUCCCCUGAGAAAAUUAACCGUGGUUUUACUAUAGUAAAAAUGUGCUUCACUUUAUUUUUGCCAUUUUUUUUUUUUAGUAGUAUAUUUUUAUUAUAUCUCUUUUUUAAUUUGAAAUAGAAGACAUUGUGAGAUCUGAUUGAAGUCCUAGAAAAUCAAAGUAGUGCUUAAAAGGUCCUUGAAAGUCCUGGAAUUUCAUUUUACAGUAUCUGUACGAACCCUGGAGGUGUGUUUCUGAAACGCUCGUCGUGUCGUGUGACCGAGUGAAUUGUAAAUAAGCAUCAGAUGUCGCUGUGUACAUUUACACAGAUAAAAUGGCACGGCUCUGACUCAACGCAGCUUUAAUUUACAGGAAAUCUGAUACGUGACCUGUGCAAACUACAUUUACAGGCUUAAAAAAACCACAGAGGCUCAAUGGCUAAAAUAGACUGGGCUCGGAUAAUUGUUAAUGUGAUUAUUCUGACAUGAGCGUCGGUGAAGGGCCUUUGUAGUCUGAGUGUCUUUGGUUCGAGGUUUGUUUGCAUUACAUCUGAACACUUGAACUUGUUUUUUACAGACCUUAUUUAGGCUGGAUGCCAUAGUUAAUUUGAUGGUAAUGAGGGUGUGAGGGGAACAGCCCGUGAAAAUUGUUUGGAAACUAUCUAGAAAGGCUGCUUAAUAAACAACACUGAAUUUCUGGGUUAAUUAGAAAUGCAUUUUCCAAUUUGUUAAGAAAUGAUUCACUUUACAUUGAACAGAUAAAACAUUCCUUACUUAGAUUUAAAAAAAUGUCUGGCUCAGAAAUUGCUAGUAAAUUUCACAAUUACAAAAAAGGAAAAAUGGAAUUAAAUGUGGAACUUUGAAGUAGAAAAACAAAAAAUGUAUUUUUUGCAAAAACAAAAACAAAAUAACAAUUAUAUACAGUACCAGUCGAAAGUUUUUGAACAGUAAGAUUUUAAUGUUUUUUUUUUUUUUUUUAAAUAAGUCUUCUCUGCCCA